AGUUCGAUGUGUUGUUUUAAUUAAAGCCCAGCUUUCAAAAGUUUGCCAGAUGAUACAGAAUUACGUGUUUUGACAAAUAAAUGGCGAUAUCUGGGUGCAGGUAACAUGGAGAAAGAGUACAUAUUGUUCAUUUACUGUACAUACAUCAUUUUAUAGCAAUAGCUGGUUGAAAAUCAGUGAAUGUGUUGUCUUUUAAAACUCCAGUAGGUUAAUCUGGCAGAUAAAUGAUUGUUGCUAAAGAUAGAUUUAGAAAUAGCACACUGAUUUCUCAUGUAUUUAAAAAAUGCUUCCAAUAUGUCAUUCUCAUUUCUAUUACACAUUGUAUUUUGGCAUCACAUUGCAACUUAUCUGGGUUUAAAUAUUUUGUUAAGCCUUCUUAUCAGUACCAAUUUAUCAAUUAGUUUAAACUAUAGCUGCCUCAAAAUAUCUAACCUGUACCAACUUUACUGAUCUGUGAAAUAUCCAUUUAGAUCCGUGACAUCUAUUUAAAGCAGCUGGGAAAAUGAGCAGGCAUGGAGGGAAUUUGGCGCCGUUGGACCUUCUAAACAAACACUCACUUAUAUCUAAAACAACUCACUUGGAGUUUUCAGUUCCCACUUGAUUUCAACCCUGUCCGUGCUUGAUGAGAGCCCGGUUUUCAGGUCAUUCCUAAAUGUAGGUCAGUGCCGUUUAGGAAACUACAAAAGAAAUGACAACUUUUCACGAGCAUCUCCCCGUGGUCCCUAUUGGUGACUGCAGCAUGUCACUCUUGUGUGCCCACUCCUCUUGAAUUCUUUUGCUGUGUCAUGUCCAUGUGCAGACACUACACUUGCCACCCAUUGGAUACUGAUCCUGUUUAUUUGCAUAAAAUUGGCUCUUUGCUGUCCUAUUGGUUGCAGUGAGCAGGUCACCUCCCAGAGGACCUCAUGAUUCCUGAUUAGCUCGAGUUGGUGCCCGCGCUGUAUGUGCUCAUAUUUCUUCCCCCUUCUGUUUAUUAAUAAAUGUAAACAGAUUAAAUGUUGCCUGGGAGACCUGUGGCAUAUGUUUAAACCCGGUCAGAGAGAGGCCAGACUAUCUCUGUCCUAUUUUCAUGUUCAGUUGGCUACCAGCUCUUCAGUUGGGGUUCACUUCAUGGUUAUUGUCCUGGAAUUUUGUUAUCUGAGUCGAGGUACAAUGACGUUGCUGCCUAUGUGUGGUUCAGAAACCCUCGGAUUUCAUCAAAAAUAUCUUAAUUUGUGUUCUGAAGAUAAACAAAGGUCUUACGGGUUUGGAACAACAUGAGGAGGUCAACAUAUAAAAUGGAGGAUCAAGAAAUGAACUUUGAGCAAACUUAUGGAUCUCUAUCAGAGACAGACAGAACAUUUGAACCCUUAUUUAUUGAAGAGGAAGGUGAAGACUACUUUGAAGAUUGCUUGGAAGAGAUUGAGGCUGCUCUAACUCUUCCUGGGGAGUCCAUGCCUUAUUCACAAAAAUGCAAAGAAGCUUUGCAAGCUGAGUUUAAUGGACUUAUGCAACAGAUGUUGGCACAGUUAGAUGUUUUUGAUGCAGCUCACUCAACCACAUCUGCACCACUGGAGUUAUUUUCAGAAACAGAGAACAAAAUGGACAAGAAUGGAAUAACAAAAACAAUCAAGUUUGGAGAGACGUGCAUUCCAGAGAAAGAGCAAACUGUGUUGGAGGACGAAGAUGAUGCUGCAGGCAUCCCUGUCGAGGCAAGGCCUGAGUUGUCUGCCACCAUGGAAUUACAAAAGCUCAGAGCAGCAUUUGAGAGCUGUAUUGAGGAGGUGGGCCAGUUGGAGCGCAGAAGGGAUGAGUUGGUUCACGAGCUUCUGGAGCUGGAGGAGCCCAUGGCCCAAGAGCUGCAGACUGUAAGGGAAGCUCUAGGGGAGGAAAAAGGCCUCCUGUCCAAAGUCAAGCUGGAGAGACAGAGCCUGCAGGAAGAGACUCUAAUGACUAAGAGGCGCCUGUUCAUAGCAGCCCGAGACUGUGCACAGAGACAAGUAGAGCUUGAAAUACAACAGAAAGAGGUGGAGCAGCUCAACCAAGCUCAGGAGGAGCUGAAGUCCCUUGCUGUUAAGCUGACUGAGGAGAUUACCAAGAUUCAUUCAGAUCACCAAAGCCACCUGCAGGAAGUGCAGAAGCAGCAGAAAAUCACUCAAGAAACCAGCAAGAGGAAGACCCGCUCUUAUGUGACUCAAGGACGACGGGCCUCUUGUGACCUACAGCAGUACCUACAGGGUGGAAUAAAAGCUCUGGAGGAAUUUUAUGAACCCCGGUUAGUGUCCCUGCUAAAGAGACGGGAGGCCACCAUGGAUGCUCUCAGUAAGGCUAAAGAGCAGUGCCUAGAGAUGAAAGCCCAGUUAGAACCACUGAGAGAAGAAGAGCAGAUGCUGAGACUCCAGAGGACUCGUCUGGAGGAGAGGAUCCGACUAAUGGAGAAACAGAGGAGGGAAAAUGUAGAACAAUAUCGGGAGAUGGUUGAUAUCUUAGAGGAAAACAUCAGAGAAAUGAAAAUUCAGCUCAAGAUCCAGAUAAAGAAGAGUGAAGAAUUGGAGAUGCUGAAGAAAAGCAUGGCCAAAGAGCUGAUCUUCUACAGGCAAAGUGUAGAGGGUCCUCGCAAGCAAGAGAACAGUGUGGUGGUGGAAAAAACCUAAUGAACUAAUGCUUGUGUUAUUAAUUAUCUCAUUAGUUGUUAAAUGCUUUUGAUAUAUUGUCAUAGUUUAACCUGAAUGGCAUGUCUUCUCUCUCAUAAACAAUCACCAAAACAAUAAGCACAAUUUACUGAAGACACAAGUCAAUGUUUUCUGCAAACCAAUUUUAAAAAGCUCUCUGAACACUAGGACCAAGCACGUCAGAUCAAGAUCUUUAUCUGACAAGCUCAGAAUGUUCUUAAAACAGUGUUUUUGUUGCGUGUCAGUUGUGUAUAAGAGGGAAUAAAGCUCUUAUAUCCAGUGGUGCCUGUGAAUUAACUGCUUUCUUUUAUGAGUAAGUGAAGUCGGCAAAACAAGGACUUAUUUGGGCACCAUAAGAGAGCUCUCUAAACAUACCGACAGCAUGAUGGUGAGAACGUGUAGAUGGACUAUGAGAAGAUUAAUUAAGACAGUGCUUUAUUGAUUUAAUGUGUCUUGUUAAGAUCUGAGAUAAACUUGUACGAAGUAGAAAUUAUGUUUAUAUGGCUCGUCUCUUACCUAGUCGCGGAUAGAGUAGCCUACAAGGAUACAAACUCUGUCAUAGUGACAGGGGGCACUAUGGGAUUUUUUUUUUUUUUUAAAUAAGAUUGAAUAAGUGGCUAUUUUAGGAAAUUGAGAAAACUAUACAAUCUGACAAUGACAAAAAUAAAAGGUAUUUUGUUGAA